AUGACUCUUUACAAACCCACCUUUAGAUCCUCAUUUCUCACUCAACAACAACUGAACCAACCUUGAAAGGAAAAUGGCUGCAGCUACAUCCGGUGCAUUGCUAAAUGGGUUGGGCUCUUCCUUCUUGAGUGGAGGGAAGAGAAGUCAAGCCUUCUUGGCUGGUGCAGCAAGAUGGGAUGGUGGUGCCGUCGCCGGCACCAGGAAGUUGGUGGUUGCGGCCGCUCUUCAGCCAAAGAAGUCUUGGCUUCCUGGUGUCAAAGCCGGUGGCAGCUUGGUUGACCCCGAGUGGCUCGAUGGCUCGCUCCCAGGUGACUAUGGUUUUGACCCACUUGGUUUAGGAAAGGACCCAGCAUUCCUGAAGUGGUACCGAGAAGCCGAGCUCAUCCAUGGCCGGUGGGCUAUGGCGGCGGUGGUCGGAAUCUUCGUGGGGCAAGCAUGGAGUGGCAUUCCCUGGUUUGAGGCCGGAGCAGCUCCUGGUGCCGUUGCACCAUUUUCAUUCGGGACUCUCUUAGGCACUCAGCUACUCCUCAUGGGUUGGGUGGAGAGCAAGCGGUGGGUGGACUUCUUCAACCCAGACUCACAGUCCGUGGAAUGGGCAACACCAUGGUCGAGAACCGCCGAGAACUUUGCGAACUCCACCGGUGAACAGGGGUACCCGGGAGGCAAGUUCUUUGAUCCACUGGGGUUUGCUGGGACAUUGAAGGAUGGCGAGUACAUUCCUGAUACUGAGAAGCUUGAGAGACUCAAAUUGGCUGAGAUUAAGCAUGCUAGGCUUGCCAUGGUGGCUAUGCUGAUCUUCUAUUUCGAGGCUGGACAAGGCAAGACACCUCUUGGUGCUCUUGGAUUGUAGAAAGCUAGAAAAUUGAAAAUUCUGUAAUGUAGAUAUAAUUCUAGAGACGAAAUUCAAAAGCCUGAACUUUCUUGCAUUGAGCACUUCUCAUGUCAAUUUUUCUUCGGUUCUGAGGGUGAAAUAUGUAUGAUUGUGAACUAUAUGUAUGAAAUAUGUUUCCCUGGAUCACCCAAGAAACAGAAAAUUUGUGUUUUCCGAGAAA